AUGGACUUCUACAUCAAAGCUGCAAAAGUCAUCUCUGCCCUGGAUGCAAAGCAAGGCAGCAUCAAAGGCCUCACCCUCCAAUCUGGUGAUAAAAAUGGGCCUCGCACCUAUGCCCUCGUCCUCGAGACUCUCAAGUAUAGAGCGGUCCUUGAAAAAAUCAUCAAGGACAGUGGCAUGCUUUUAAAGGAACGCAAAUUGGCUGCACAGGGACCCUUGUGUCUCGUGCUCGUCCAUGACUUGCUCCUCAACAAGGCCGGCAUUGUCUCGAAUGCUGGACUCUUCAAAGAUGCCGUUCUCAGGCAUAAGACGCGCUUGAAUGCAGAAUGGGUCAAGGCGAAGAUCAAGCUCAAGGCAAAAGACAAUCAAGCGCUGGCAAAGCGUGAUGAAACCUUCAUCCCUCGAUGGGCAAGAGUGAAUACCCUCAAGACAUCCAUGGAAGCCGUCUUGGAUAGUCUCAGCUUCCCAGUGGUCGACUCACUCGAAGCUCUCAAGGUCGGGAGUGUCUACAUUGAUGUACAUAUUGAGAACCUCCUCGCCUUUCAUCCAAACGAGACACUCAACAAGCAUAAGCACUAUCUCGACGGCAGCCUCAUUUUUCAAAACAAGGCGAGUUGUAUACCCGCAGCGAUCCUCAAUCCACACCCAGGAGCGCAUGUGAUUGACGCCUGUGCAGCACCAGGCAACAAGACGUCCCACCUCGCUGCACUGCUGCAAGGUACCGGCAAGUUGUUUGCCUUUGAGCGUGAUCCACGGCGUGUUCAGGUCUUGCAAACAAUGUUGGACAAGGCCGGUGCGCCUUGUACCGUUGCGCAUCAGGAUUUUACGCGCACGGACCCAAAGGAUGCGCAGUACGCUCAAGUCACACAUCUCCUACUAGAUCCGUCUUGUUCCGGUUCAGGAAUUGUCAAUCGUCUCGACUACCUCACUGAACAAGAUGCCCAGCCUGAAGACACGGUUGUGGAUGAGCGCUUGGAAUCCCUGGCUGCUUUUCAAAAGGCACUCCUCCUGCAUGCCAUGCAUUUCCCGGCUGCCCAGAAAAUCACCUACUCGACAUGCUCUGUGCAUGCGAUUGAGAAUGAAGGGGUGGUUAUAGCUGCGUUGAAGGCACGGCCAGAUUGGCAGGUGGCGGAUCGAAGCGAGGCACUACCGAGUUGGUCUCGACGAGGUGUCUUGGCAGAGUGUGACAACAACAAGCAGAUCAGCGAGGGAUUGGUGCGUGCCAUGCCUGGAGAACACGGCACUAUUGGCUUCUUCAUUGCAACUUUUGAGAAGCCUGCAAGCAAGAAGGUGAAGAAGAGUGAAGCUGCGGCGGAUGAGAUUGACGACAUUUUUGGAUGA